AUGGAGAGGAGCAGGAAGUGGAGGACGUUUAUUGAGGACCUGUUGUCACGUAACCGAGGAAGGGAUAUGGAGGAGGAGGAGAGGGAGGUGGUGAGAGUGCGGGUCCGGAAAUGUGACGGGGUCCUGCCACCCGAAAGCCGCUCGUUUGCCGUGGAUCCUCAGAUCACCUCCCUGGAUGUCCUGCAGCACAUCCUCCUCCGAGCCUUCGAUCUCAAUGGGAAGAAUUUUGGAAUUAGUUACCUGAGCCGUGAUAAGCAGGGUCACGAGAGCUACGUGUCACUGAUGUCAGAUUGGGACCUGGGCGCUGCGUUUGAAAGCGCCUCAAAGCCGUACCUGCAGCUCAAGCUGGAUAUCAAGCCGGCCGAAGACAGUCCCCUGUUGGAAGACUGGGAUAUCAUCAGCCCGAAGGAUGUUAUUGGAACAGACUUGUUUUUGGUGGACAAACGCACUCUGUCCUCUGCACUUCCCUUCACUCAGUCCAUCUUGUCCCAGGUGGGAAGGACUCUCUCCAAAGUGCAGCAGGCCUUGAACUGGACGUAUGGAGAGGAUGUGAAGCCUUUCAAACCACCACUGAGUGACGUUGAGUUUCAUUCAUACAUGAACCAUGAAGGACAGCUGACACGUCCAGAGGAACUAAGGCUGCGCAUAUACCACGGCGGCGUGGAGCCUUCGUUGCGCAAGGUGGUCUGGCGUUAUCUUCUGAAUGUAUACCCGGAUGGGCUUAGCGGGCAGGAACGCAUGGACUACAUGAAGUGUAAAACUCGAGAGUACUACCAGCUGAAGAGCGAGUGGAGGGAACGAUGCAACCCAGAGGACCUGGAGUUCAUCCAAGGCAACGUCAUGAAAGAUGUCCUACGAACCGAUCGCACACACCCUUAUUAUGCAGGCUCUGAAGACAGCCCCCACCUGCAGGCUCUACAUGAUCUUCUCACCACAUACGCCGUUACCCACCCUCAGGUGUCUUAUUGUCAAGGUAUGAGUGACAUUGCCUCUCCCAUCCUGGCUGUAAUGGACAACGAAGCUCACGCUUUCAUCUGCUUUUGUGGCAUCAUGAAGAGGUUGGAGGGGAAUUUCCGCAUGGAUGGAGAGUGCAUGUCUGUGAAGUUCUCGCACCUCAAACUUUUGCUGCGAUACUCUGACCCUGAUUUCAACAACUACCUGGUGUCCCGUGGUGCUGAUGAUCUUCUCUUCUGUUAUCGUUGGCUGUUACUGGAGCUCAAGAGGGAGUUUGCUUUUGAUGACGCUCUAAGGAUGCUGGAGGUGACUUGGAGUUCAUUACCCCCAGACCCUCCUGAGAAGGAGGUUGAACUGGUUGGUUUGCCGUGUGCCCCAGGAGAGACUCUUAAAAACACAAGGAGGAGGCACAUGAUGCGUCCAGAACGUGGGCUGAGCCCAGAGGGAGAGGAAGACAUAGCUGGAAAGGGAAAAGAAAAUGACAAUUUGGAAAUUUCAGACAAAGAACCAGAGAAAGAGCAGGAGCCGGUCAGGCUGAGCUGUCAGUUACUGAAGCAAGCCAGCUUUGGGGAAUUUAAGUGUUAUGGCACCAGUGUGGCAGAAGCCAGUUUCGAGACAGAGGAUUUACCUGUGAGUUCUCUACUCCAGGUCAGGCAACCUACAGAAGAGGAGGAAGAAGAGGAACGCUUCUGGGAAGCAGAACCGCUCAUUAAACCUCUUGACUCCUUAGAGGUGACCAAAUCUGUGUCUGUUCCUUCCCUUAGCCCGUGCACCCCCAGCGAACAGAUCACUACUUUUGGGGCUGGGGACGACAUAGCAAAUUCCUCUCCUGAUGGUGAGAAAGAGGAGGUCCAGCUGGACCCCGAGCAGCCUCCUGCCACCUCACCUGCCCCCAUCAGCCUGCCUCCUCCACAGGAGUUCGGGCGCGGCAAUCCGUUUAUGCUUUUCUUGUGCCUCUCAAUCCUGUUGGAGCACCGUGAACAGAUCAUGAAGCAGAACAUGGGUUACGAUGAGCUGGCGAUGCACUUUAACCGCCUGGUGCGGCGGCACAACUUGAACCGUGUGCUGCACCGGGCCAAGGCUCUGUUUGCCGACUACCUUCAGUCCAAGGUGUGGGACUCUGAGGAGGGAGAUGAGGCGGCUGCGGAGUCCCCGAGCACCUCCUGACCCUCUUGUGUUCUGUCUCUUGACCUGCCGACUGCUGGACACGUCUUGGAGCAUAAGUUUGCUUUUACUUAACGUGACUCUGGUGCAGGAAAUAUUUUAUGAAUCAUUUUAGGAACAUAAAUUCUGUAGCAAAAGCUAUAUGUGACCUGGCAGGGCAGAUGAGAUAUUCUGCAAAUCAGACUGUCACAAGGUGGUGGAAUUACUCUCCCGACCUCUUCCAGGGAGAGACGGUCCUUCGAGUGCCAGAAGGGUGACUGGAUCUCCCUCUUCCAGCACUUGAUGGGUUUGCUGUUUUCCCUGAGCAGGAGAAUCCUGUAAAAAAAUUCCACGUGACUCCCGUAAUGUCGAUGUAUGACAAUGUUUACACAUAUAUCUCUGAAUGUUACCAAUAUGCUGUUUUAUGUAGGAAGAUGAAGUCGUGUAGGUGUAGUUCCCCUUGCGGUGGCGGUUGUAUGGACUUCUGUGUACUGCUUAAGAACUCCACUCUCCGUGGCUGGGAUGUGGCAAGCACAAGAGAUCACUAUACAUUGUAAAACUGUUCAGCACA